AUCUUCCCUUGUCUGGAUUUCACAAUAUUGCAAUGCAGAGUUUUCCAAAUUGGAACUCUAGAAUGAUCUAUGCAGUGUCAGUGUAAAGUGGCAUAUAUAUAGAGAACUUUUCAUAUUAUCAAACUAUUUGCAUACUUUAUUCGCACUAAAAAAACAGUGAGUUGAUUCUAAACCAUUCCUGGAACACAAAGUCAAAGUUUCAGGAGACCUACAAGAUAGAAUUUUGAGUGGACACAACAAAACUCAGCUUGGAAUAUAUUCAGAAAUGGAGGUCUGCCUCUAUCAUGCUGAUAAAUGUCAUUUUGACAUUGUCACAAGAGACAUAGAAAAAGCUAAGAUUAUACCAAGGAAUUAUGUUAAGAGGCUAGCAAUGUGUGUGUGCUCAUGUAGGAAAAACAAAUUUAAGAUAACAGAUGAAGUCAGACAAUUAGAUUUGCAAGAAAUGGCAAUUUUCUUGGGAAACUGUAUAAAGACUGAGAAAUGGCCAGUGUCACUUGUUACAUUACUCAAGCCAUUGUUACUUGAUUUGAGACUACAGCAAUAUAGUCAAAGUAUGCUUGUUUGGACUUUAUAUAAUGCUAUUAAAUGCCAAACGUAUAGCCUAUUAGAUUCUUUAAUAAAAAAGAAAGAACCUGGUGUAGUUUCUAGAAAACCUGAACAGAAAAUGACUCCUGUGCAAUAUAAUCAUAUGAUAAAUAAAAAGUGGAAAAACAGUUUGCACAAAAUAGAAUUCAUAGUUCCAAUGUUUGCUGGAAACACUAAGGUACUACAGAAUGAUGAGCGAUUUCAAAACUUGCAGUUAAAGCACAAAGAUAUAGUGGUGAAAAUAGACAAUAAAGCUAACAGUGAGUUCAUGGAUAAAAAUCUGAAAAAGACAAAAGUCAAACUUGGAGGGAAGGUAAAAGAUGAAAUCCAUGAAAUGGCAAACCAUCUACAUAGAAUUGGGGAAGAUAUUCAGAGAAUGCUAGAUAAAAAGCGUUCAGACAAUUAUCAAAAGAAGAAAAUGGCUAGACUGCAAAGAAGGAUUGAUUAUGAUUCUAAUAUUGAUGAGGCCUUCAUUAAUACAGACGAAUCAUUGCAAUACAAACAAGAAAUGACAGAUUUAUACAAGAGAAGAUGUGAAGCAAACAGAAUUGGGAACAAAUCAAGAACACCAGGAGCAUCACUAAAGGAUGGUCACUGUAUGAAUUGUCUUGAUAAAUUUGUUACACUGAAAAAUCCAGAUGUCUGCAAAUAUCAUUCAGGAUUCAUAGAUCUUGAAGGGAACUGGAAUUGCUGUGGACUGAAAUCACAGUUCAACCAACCAACUCUGAAAGAACACCAAAGUACUGGGUGUUCUAUUGGCGUGCAUAACUGGAGGCAUGGUAAAACCCUUAAACAAAUGAAGAUGAAAAAUCCCAUGAAGACAUAUCAGUCUAUUAGACAAACAGGCAGAAAGUUUAAUAUCGAGCAAUUAGACUAACAUUUUCAUACAAGUAUAAAGUUUUUUGUGUUUUAUAAACAUGUUAUUAAUAUUACAUCAGUUUUGUUUUUAUUUGCAUUCAAGACUAUUAGAACUUUUUUUAUUUUUAUAUGAUAUUUAUGGUUUAUUUAUAUGAAUUAAUAUUACAUCAGUUUUUUACAAGUAUGUUUAAUGCUUGUUGACAAAAGGCCACUGACACAAAAACUUGUUUUUUCAUAAUGUAGGUUAUAAACAGUUAAGAUGUUACUUUGUUGUUUCCUUUGACUGAUUACAUCCUAAUUUUAUGAGAUACAAUUUUCACAAUUCAGAGUGAAAAUAACUUGUGUUCAGUUCCAUUUAUACAUAUGAAUUUGCCAAAAAGAGAUGUGCUUGUUUAAAAUUAUGGAAAAGAAGUAAGUUUGGUUAGGUAAUGGCCUUUUUAGCCCCAAAUUAAAGGUCAAUGAUUUCUAGAUGAAAAAUGUUUCAAAUUGAUCCAUAAAUUUGUGAGAUAGUGAAACGAACCAAUUUUUGUAGAGUUUUCUUACAAAGUAAUUGUGCUUAGGUUACACUCCAUGGUUGAAAAUAUGGAUUUUGUUGUAAAUUUACAAAAUCUUCAAAAUCAUCAUGUAAUCCUAGGGGAAAUAGAGUGCAGGGUUUGAUAAAAUGAAUAUUCAAGUCAAGUAGUUCAUAUGUUAUAAUAAACAUAAUUUUUGUAUAAUCUUUUUUGUCGACACAUGCACUAUUUGUUUCCUGUCUCAAAAGCCUAUAAAAUUUUGCAUGUUUUCAUUAAAUUUGGUGUUUAAUAAAUAUUUAUGCUAAUGAUGACAUCAUAGAAACAAAGCUGAUAGGUAAAGUUUCAAACAAAAAUACCUAUUUCCUAACUACCGGUAGCAAUUGUUAAAACUAUGAUACAUUGUGAUACAUUGUUAUGACUAUAAAAUCCUACUUUAUCAAGCUAGGUAUAAUGGCCAUAUUGAGGUCUUAUUGAACAUACUCCUUUGAAGUUCCUAAUGUUAAAUUAUCUUUACACUUCAGUUCAUUAAUGUUAAUGAUAGUGGUAAUGGAAUAAAACCACUAAUUCAUGGCCUCAUUUGGUCCAAUGUUAAAUUCUGCAAUUUCCAGCAUUUAUAGUCAUUCUGUCUUAAAUUUAGAUGAAGUGACCGACAUUUCAUGUCAAAACAAUACCCUAGCUUGGCCUAAAAAAUUCUACAUGCAUAAUUGCAUAUAAGAGCGCACUGGUUCUCUGAAGUUCAGAUGUGCAAAAACACCUUGAAAACCUACUGAUCUGGACACAGACAAAAUAUACCUUUCUAUUUUAAUUUCCUACAUUUCCUUUAUCAUGUAAAGCUUUAAACAUCUUCAAAGCCCAACUCAAAAUAGUUAACUUUGUUAAAUUGUCAUCACAUGCAAGAAAAAUAUAAUUUAUGUAUGUACAGAAUUAUUUUGCUUUUAGUAAUAUAUGUCAUUUUGGUAGUUUUUGCUACAAGUAAAAUAUACAAAACAUCCAA